AUGCGGGAUAGGUGGCCCGAACCAGUUGCUUACCACAGGUAUUGUUCGCGUCAUUUUGUUAGUAAUUUCCACGACAAGUUUAAGGAUGUAGACAUGAAGAAUGCAGUAAAUUUGAUGGCCAAUGAACCUUCCAGACAAAAAUUUGAUUUGUGGAUGUCGCGAGUAAAAGAUAUAAACAUUGCAGCGUGGAAUUAUCUAGAUCGUGCAGGAAAAGAAAAAUGGAGUUUAUCGUAUGAUGAUGGGCAUAGAUAUGGUAACAUGACUACAAAUAUGUCAGAAAUAUUCAACAGUGUUCUAAAGGGGGGGAGAUUCCUUCCUAUUACUGCACUUGUCCAGCUGACAUUUUAUAGGUGCAACAAAUAUUUCGUGAAGAGGAGGAUGGAAGCAGAACAAUAUAGACUUCAAGGUUCUGAAUUGCCUCCACAGGUUUAUGGUCACAUUAGUAGAGAAAAUGAAGAUGCUAAACGACAACAUGUUCGGAUGUUCAAUCAUGACCCUCCUACAUUUCAGGUGACAACAAGAACAAGAGGUGCGGAAAAUAAUCAACAUGGUGAACGGCGGGCUGUAGUAUGUCUUGGAGAACGACCAGAAGAUCAAUCUUGUUCUUGCAAUAUGUGGCUAUUGUACCAUCGUCCAUGUUCACAUGUAUUGGCUUGUUGUUCGGUUAACAAGAUUGAUUGGAGGCAAUAUAUGGAGGCAUAUUUCACAAUUGGUGCAUAUGAGAGCUCAUAUGCGCCUAUCUUUUGCCCAAUACCUGAUGAGUCAGGUUGGCAGAUAUAUAGUGGCCUAGUUGUCAUUGAUGAUCCCGAUCAACGUAGGUCAUCGAAAGGUCGUCCAAAGUCAACACGAAUAAGAAAUGAGAUGGAUGCAAGAGAAGGUCGUUCAUCGAACAAGUGCAGCAUUUGUGGACAAAGAGGGCAUAACAAAAAAUCUCAUAAGUCCACUGCACAAAGUGACGCUAGUUGA